AUGGCCUCCAAAAACCACGAUCCCACUGCUACCAGUGUCGCCGCUGCCCAUAAAGAAGCUGAGCCCAGUGGUGGAGCUGCCCGGAGCCUCGUGGGAAACAGUCUACAGGAGGAUCUGAUGACCCUCAGCCAUGAAGACCUGAGGUAUAAGCUUUCCCUGGAGUUCCCCAGUGGCUAUCCUUACAACACACCCACAGUCAAGUUCCUCACACCCUGCUACUACCCCAAUGUGGACAUCCAUGAGAACAUCUUUCUGAACAUCCCGAAAGACAAGUGGUCUGCUCUCUACGAUGUCAGGACCAUCUUACUGUCCAUCCAGAGCCUGCUAGGAGAACCCAACAUCGACAGCCCCUUGAACAUGCAUUCUGCAGAGCUUUGGAAAAACCCCCCGACCUUGAAGAAGUUCCUGCAGGAAACCUACUCGAAGCAGGUGUCCAGCCAAGAGCCCUCACAGAAGGACCAUCUCUGCCCUGCCCCUCCUCUAUCUUCAGAAGUUCCAUGUAUACAAGAGAUAUAG